AUGGCACAUUUAACGGAGGAGACCCAGCCAUCCUUUGAGACGACAUUAAAGUCAAGAGCCGUAUCUGAAACCUGUAACAUCAAGUUCUCCUGUGAGGUGUCAGGUCACCCUGCUCCUGAAGUGACAUGGUAUAAAGAUGAUUUGCAAUUGGACAGAUACUGUGGACUACCUAAAUACAACAUUUCCCGCAAUGGACAAAACCAUUCACUGCACAUUUACAAUUGCACUAUGGAGGAUGCAGCCAUCUACCAAGCGUCAGCCAGGAACAACAAAGGCAUUGUGUCCUGCUCUGGAGUCCUUGAGGUGGGGACGAUGAGUGAAUACAAGAUCCACCAGCAGUACUUCGCCAAGAUUAAACUGAAGGCCGAAAACACACGCAGAGAGCUGGAGGAGCCCAAGCCGUGGGACAAGGAGAACCACGGGUCUCCUGGUAGUCGGCAGGAAACACUGAGGACCAUCAGUCCAGACCGGUCCCAGAGGAAGCGACGGUCCCCCAUGGACCCCAGCCUCAGUGCCCCCAGCUUUAUGGAGGAUGAAGUGGUUGAGGAGAGCACUCAGGCUCAUGCUGGGGAGGCAGAGGCCAGGCUACAGGACACACCUGUGGUGGGGGAAGAAAAAUGGGAAUGUAACAGGGCUGGGUCUUCCAAUGUCAAUGGACAGGCAGCCAUUACAGAAAAUAGCAGCAACAAAGGCCGGACGUAUGUUUACGAUUCAGUGCAGAACUCUUUUGCUCCACACACACCAAAAGCAUCACUGGCCAAGAAGAAGAUAAAGAUCUCCAAUGGAGAGGAUAGUGGGAAGAUGGCUGAUAGCCAAGCAGGAAAGAAGCCUGAGGAGAGAGGGAUGAGUGAAGAAGGAGAGGUCAGUCUGACACCCUGUCUGGUUGAGUCCUCACCCUCACUGGGGUCAUCAGAAGAGGCCCUGGAAGUGGAGAGUGCUGUUGAAACUUCAGCCUCAAAGACAAAGAGUGUAAAAUACAUGAAUCAGUCUGAGAGAGCCCCACUGAACAACACUGUAUCAGUAACGGAAGAAGUGAAGGUCCAAGUGAAGGAGAAAGUACCUGUACAAACCCCACCACACAACGGAGAGCCUAGCAUCCUGUCUCCUUCUACUGGGCUCCUCUCUACAGGGGAAACCAUCUCAGGGAAUAAGAGUCAGAAUGCUGCAGUGGCUCAGAUGACCCAAAAUGUUGUAAAUAACAAUAUUAUGGGGAGUCAGAGUACAGUUCCUCCUGUCACCUCAUCACAACCAAGUCCUUCAGCUAAACUAAAACCACAACCAAGUCCUUCAGCUAAACUAAAACCACAACCAAGUUCUUCAGCUAAACUAAAACCACAACCAAGUCCUCCUUCAGCGAAAUUACAAUCACAACCACGUCAACCAAGUCCUCCUUCUAUGAUGUCACAACCACAACCAAGUCCUUCAGCAAAACCACAGCCACAACCAAAUCCUCCUUCUGCGAAACUACAACCACACCCAUGUCAAUCAAGCCCUUCCAUAAAAUCACAACUCGGCCCCUCAUUACCACCACAACCAGAUCCUCCUUCUGGGAAACUACAACCACAACCACGUCAUUCAAGUCCUUCAGUAAAACUACAACCAGGUCCCUCAGUAACACCACAACCACAACCAGAUCCUCCUUCUGCGAAACUACAACCACAAAUACGUCAACCAAGUCCUUCAGAGAAACUCCAAGCAAGUCCUUAUGCGAAACCACAACCACAAUCACAACAGAGUCCUUCUGCGAAGCUACAACCACAACCACGUCAACCAAGUCCUUCCCCGAAUUUACAACCCCAACCAAGUUCCUCUGUCACACCCCAACCACAAGCAAGUCCUUCAGUAACAACUCCACAGGUUUUGAGCAACACACCAGAGAACAUUAAAACCCAUCAAAGCAACAUAACAGACAUUGAGGUAGACGAUAAGCCUUCUGUCCUGGAACACCUAAACAGCACCACUACUCCCCUAAAAGGUCAAACUGAAUGCCCGGGGAAGGAUUCAGCAUCAGUGCUUGAGGUGCUGAACUCAGAUACUUAUUCCAUUCAUGGAACUGGAACUGCAGUUGAAGUUGCUGGGGAAUCAGUGGAGUCAGUACUAACAUCACCCUGUAAGAGCAGCGAGGCUGUCUCUGCCUUGCCUCAGCGUCUGUGUGAACAGUCAGGGGAUCAGCUGUCUGUGGAGGAAACAAGCAUGUGCCUAAAGAAUGUGUCUUUGUCUCGGCUGCCUGCGCAGCUGCGCGGGGAGGUUACACAGAACCACAGACAGACAGAGAGAGAGUGGAAGGGAACACCUGUCGGGCAAGAACCUGUAAUACUAACCAUCCGGAGAAAGCUGGACGGACAAUCACCUUCGCCACGACAAUGUUCUCCAUCGUCAUCGGACAGAGAAGUCACAGCAAAUGCCAACAAACGGUCUCCUACUUUGCACAAUCCUCAGAGCCAAUCGGCCUCUGACAAAAUGACGCAGGGCACACAGGAUCAUUCCAGGGGAUCAAAUGAGACCCAUACAUUACCUUUUACAGAGCCACUAAAGUCACCCCUGGAAGGCCCGGGUGUUGGUGAGAAAACCUUGGGGUGUAGUGUUUCCUCAGUAGGCCAGCAAGGCCAAGUUGAGAUAGCUAUAAAAACCGUUGGUGAGACAGAAAUACAAUUUGACGUUAAAGUACAGGGUAAUAAUUUGGCUGAGAUAUAUGCACAGGGAGGCAGUUAUGAGAGAAGAGCUGACAUGGAAACUGUUUAUAAAGUUAGCAAAGUUCAGGAAGGUGAAAUUGAAAGACUUACGAAAGCACCUGAAAAGAAAACCGUUGAAAGUAUAGCAGUGGCUCUAUGGGAUGAGAAGAGUAUACCUGUGUUGAAGAUAGCAGAAUGCCAAGAUCUUUCUCUAAAUCCCCAUUUUCAGCCUAUUAUUCCAGACACAUCACAGAUGGCUGACACAACAACAAGUGUCCCAAACACAAACAUCUCAGAGCAACAACCAAAAGCCCCGACACCUGUAGCCAAAGUAAUGUCUAUUGCCGAGAUUCUAAGGUCACAAAUGGAGAAAAGUGCCCCUACAGAAGUAAGUCCAGUGCCAUCCAUUUCAGAUGCAUCCAUUUCAGUGGCACCCAUUUCAGUAGCUACCAUUUCAAUGCCCCUUACACAAAGUCUAAACACAGACCAACAACCUAAAUGUGACAUACAGGAUGUGAGAAUACAAAGUCCAGAGUUGAGGAUGGAUGAGACAGAGUACAGGCAGGAACCUGAGAAAGACACUUGUAAGAAGGAAACUGAUCUGUCUGUCAGUUCUAUUUCAACUUCAAAUGUAGAAUAUAGAUUUAAUACCUCUGAACCAGAACGAGUUGAGUCCCCCAUAGUUAGUCCUGUGACUGAAGCCUCACCUAAAGCUUUCGUUAUUCCUCCUAUCUCUAUUGUAGACAUGGAUGGCACUUUAGAGAACAGUAAUCCUCCUGUAUGUAUAGUUAUGGACAUUGAAAGUGUCAUGGAUACAGAGCGGGAGCAUCUUUUGGAUCAUAAUGCUGAUAUUAGUCUGGCUGCGAAUAAGGAUGGUCAGAAAGAGUCUUCUCUUGUUACUCCUGAGCAGAAGUCCUUGGACACUACAGUUCCUCCUCCAUCCAUCUCAUCUGUUACCUUUCCUGCAGAGAAACAACAAACACUAGAAAAUACAGUCAAAGGGAUGGAUUCUUCACACUUACUGCCUCCAGUGUUCAGCAGUCGACAUGGCAAAGACAAAACGUGUGCUUCUGCCCUUUCGGAGCGUUCAACAGAAUCUAGCUCCCUUCCUAGUGCCACUGAGAACCAAAGUUUUUCUACAAAAAAUACAGGAUUUACAAACAACAUUGUUUCACCAGUAACUGGCAUGAUUUUAGGUCAGAGUGAAGCAUGCGAACCUGAUGUUCCUCAGCCAGGUCCUCAGACUGUACGAAGGUUUGAUACCAAGGGUUCCCCAAGUAGUGAGACACAAGGGUCAGUACCUGUUCCCACCAUUCCGUUGGAUAGCAAAAGCUCUCCAUCCAAGGAGGUGAAAGUUGGGGAAUAUUCAAAGUCAGACUCUUCAACAUGUGUCUCAGUCACUGAAAGUACUGGCCUGCUGAAGGGAUCAGACAGUGUGUCCCCCAUGCCCUCAGCCACCCCACAGGAGCUGGCCUCCGGCGCUAGACGCAAAAUCUUAAUCCCGAAACCCAAAGGAGAGGACCCUGGAGCUGUUGCUUCACAGAUUGACACCCAGAGCCCCCAGAGAGAGGAGGUCCUCAGGAUGAGCUCCAGGCUAUCCCCAGAGUCCUCCUCUCCCAUGUCCCCUGGGCUGUCCCGCAGGUCACCCCUGCUGCAGCCCCCCAAUGGCCAGCGCACCCCUCCAACAGAGAGACGCUCCCCACUGCUCAGUAGGAGGAAGCUGGCUCCAACAACAGAGACCCUCAAACAGAGCCAGGAACCUGCCCUGGAGACAACCGACACUACCAAGACUGAGGAGAAACCAGCUGAGAAGGACAAGCAUAACCCAUUCAAAGCUCCUCAGGUCAUCAGGAAGAUUAGAGGAGAGCCCUUCUCCGAUGCGGCAGGACAUCUGAAGCUGUGGUGCCAGUUCUUCAACGUUCUUAGUGACUCCACAAUUAAGUGGAUCAGGGAUGAGGUGGAGAUCGCUGAGGUUAAAAGAAGUGCAGGAGAUGAGACUCAGGUAGCGUUGGCUAUUGUCCAGACGUCCAGCAGAGACUGUGGAGUUUAUGGCUGCACCAUCACUAAUGAAUAUGGGACAGACACAACAGACUUCCUACUGAGUGUUGACAUACUCUCUGGCAUGUUUCUGCGUGAGGAUCAAGAAGUGGGAGAGGAGAUAGAGAUGAGUCCACUACUGUUCACCAAGGGCCUGGCUGACUCUGGCGUCUGGGGAAGUAAAUUCUUUGGGCGUAUCAUGAUGGAGGAGGCCCAUAUAGGAGAGGGCUGCUCCCACAAGGCCUGCAGAGUGAAGGUCAUCUAUGGGCUGGAGCCAGUGUUUGAGUCUGGGACCACAUGUUACAUCAAGGUGAAGAGCCCCAUCGCCUACUACGGAGUCAAGGAGGAGAGCAACCUGGUCGAGAGAAACCUGGCAAUCACUCAACAGGAAUGUAGACUUCAGAACAUCGCUCGUGAAUACUGCAAGAUCUUUGCUGCGGAAUGUAGGGUGAUAGGAACCUUUGGAGAAGCGCUGGAAGUGAUCCCAGUCCACCAUAUGUAUCGGCCUGCCAACACCAUUCCCCAUGCCACGGUGGAGUCUGACCUGAAGGGGGUCUAUCUGAGGUACUGUCUGAUGGACGCUACAGGCCGGCUGGUCAUGAGAACUGGCUCGGAGGCGGCACUGAAGUGUUGUACUCUGCAGCACUGGAUCCUCCAGUGGACCAAUGGAAACCUGCUGCUCACUCGGAUGGAAGGUGUUGACUUCAAGAUCACAAAUGUUGGAAUUUCCAUCAAAUCGAAAGGGUACCAAAGUCUCACGAUCACAGAGAACCCCAAUGUGUUUGAGCAGUUUGUCUCUCAGCAUCAGUGUAACUACUACUGCGGCCUCCUCAGCCUGAGGUCCCUGAAGACACAGGACUCCCUGCAGACCCCAGCCAAACCCAAGUGCUCCAGGAGCCCCCUGCUCCACCGCAAGAUGGGCGGCUCCUCCAGUCCCCAGCCCUCCAGGAAGGCCACAGGAAGCCCCCGGUUGAUCAGAAAGCCAGCACAGCCAGAGGACAGCACCGCCAAGCACAAGGCCAUUGAUGUUCCCAAUGUUGUCCGAAGUUAGAAUGGCUUCAUCGGCCGUAGAAAGCAAGCAACUGCUUUUCUCAAUAAAGAGAAUAAAUGCUGAAACAGAUAUGGAAUUACUGCCAGACAUGUCUUCCCACCUAUAGAGCUUUCGGGGAGCUGGGAGCCGGUCUGGGAUGAAAGGCUGGUGACCCCUCCCCCAAGCCGUGACAGACAGACAGACAGACAGACAGACAGACAGACAGACAGACAGACAGACAGACAGACAGACAGACAGACAGACAGACAGACAGACACAGACAGACACCUGGGUCCCAAAAGAAAGAUGAGAUGAGAAAGAGAAGGCCAGGUGAAGGAAGAACUUGAAUGUUUCCAGAAAUGACAGACACAUCUUUUAAUGAAUUCUGUGUUAAAAUAAACAAUGAAAUGCCACCUCAGUUUUAAUGGGCAUGUCGCCUGUUGCCAGAAUCGGAGACAAUGAAAUUAAUGACUACACUAGUAUGUCCUUGAAAUUAUUAAAUUACACAUUAAUUUCACUAAUGAAUACAUUCUUAAUUUAUUGAGUAGAUCACAUAAAAUUUUAGGCUAAAGCUUUCACAUUAUACAGGGAUUCCUAUUGCAUAUUAGUAAUAAUUUGGAGUAGUAAUUCACAAGGUUAGCACGCCAGCUCGAUUCAGGUCCCAACAACAUGAACAUUUAGGGGAAAUACAUUUAAAGGGAUUGUUGAAGAGUUAAAGGCUAUCUUCAAUGGUGCACAGUGCUCAGGAUAAUAGUUCUGUUAAGAAAACUAUGCCCUAAGAAUGUAGCGUAUAUUGUUUUCCAUGACACUGUGAAUAAAAACGUGGUGCUUUUUGUACUGUAAAUGUGCCUACGUUUUCAUGUUGCAGUGUAUGACAUUUAUAGAAAAUGCUCACUGGAUGCAAUGGCUGUAAAUUAAAAUGAAAUAUA